AUGAAUGAGACAGAUGCUCUUGAGACCAUGACCAGACUCAGAGACGCAUCGAGUAUCGAUUCUGUCGAAAAACUAUAUGCAUUCCAUGGCAAUAAAUCUGUCGGCGAUGGUUGGCAGCUCUACAACGCCGCAAAAGAGUUUAAGCGGCAAGGACUUGGCACACACACACGGACGUGGCGAUUCUCGUCUGUCAAUGCUGACUAUGCGGUACGUGAUAGAUGUGCAUUUACCCUCUAG